GGAAAAGUUCGCGGGGUUCUUCAUCUACAUUGACAAGAUAUUGUCGCUAAUAGUCAACAAUGUCGUCUAUGAUUACCACUUCCGCUUGGGUGCCUCGAGGGUUCGCGGCCCCAUUUCCGGCAAAGUAUGAUUUUGACGAGGCAGAAUUCGACAGGAUAGCCAGCUUGGCCAAGCUACAGCUCGACGACGCAAACGAAGACCUAGAAGAAGCGCAAGGAGAGCAAGAGGAGAAUGAGGAUGGCCAAAACGAACAGGAGGAUAUAGAUAUUGAUGGUAAACCCUCGGAUAAGAACGGCGAAACCGGAGACAUUGAUCUAGAUGACGCAGAUCUCAAGGAGUACGAUCUGGAACACUACGACGAUGACGAAGAAGUCGAGGGUCAAAGGAUGGAUAUGUUUGGAAACAUAAAAUCUCUAGCAUACUACGAAUCCAAUAAAGAGGACCCAUACAUCACCAUACCCGAAGGUGAGGAUCAUGACGACGAUGAGGACAGAGAAGAACUGCAAAUAUUAGCCACCGACAACCUUCUAUUGGCUGCUAAGGUGGAGGAUGAGCUUGCGCAUCUCGAAGUCUACGUUUAUGAGGAUGAGGCAGACAAUCUCUACGUUCACCACGAUAUUAUGCUUCCUGCGAUACCACUUUGCGUCGAAUGGCUAGAUAUCCCCGUGUCAAAGAACAAUGUGGAGAAGGACUCGACAGCCAACUUCGUCGCGAUAGGCACAAUGGACCCCGAUAUCGAAAUAUGGGACUUAGACACCAUAGAUUGCAUGUAUCCGAACGCGAUCUUGGGCCAAGGAAGAAACCCUGAAGAAGAGGAAAGGAGAAAGAAGAAGAAGAAGAAGACCAAGAAGGCAAAUGAUGAGUACCAUGUGGAUGCAGUUCUAUCGCUUGCUGCCAAUAGAAAACACCGAAACCUCUUGGCCUCUGCUUCAGCGGAUAAGACAGUGAAGCUAUGGGACUUGCACACGACCAAGUGUGCCAAGUCAUAUUCGUAUCAUACGGACAAGGUUUGCUCGCUGGCGUGGCAUCCGAUCGAAUCAACCGUGCUGUUGAGUGGUAGCUACGACCGAACUAUCGUUGCGGCAGACAUGCGAGCACCCGAAGCUAAGGCACCACGGUGGGGAGUGGAAAGCGACGUCGAGAACGUUAGAUGGGAUCCGCACGACCCCAACUUCUUCUUUGUAUCAACGGAGAAUGGAAUAAUACAUUACCAUGAUAUCCGCAAUGCACCGUCUAACCCCUCAGCAAGCAAACCUGUUUGGACGCUACAAGCCCACGACGAGUCUCUAUCAGCCUUCGACAUCAACGCUCACAUACCCGGAUACAUGGCUACUGGCUCAACCGACAAGACCGUCAAGCUCUGGAACAUUCAACCAACCGGUCCCGCCAUGGUGGUUUCCCGCAAUUUGGACGUCGGGAAGGUGUUCUCGACAAACUUUGCUCCGGAUGCCGAGGUGGCUUUCCGACUUGCUGUGGCUGGAAGUAAAGGAACGAUGCAUGUUUGGGACACUAGCACAAACGGGGCAGUGCGCCAAGCCUUCGCACACAAGAUUUCCAAUGCCAACGCCUCAGAGGAGACAAUUAGAGAGAGGCUUAUCGGCAUUGAGGAUGACGAGAGCGCAUCAGAUUCUGAGGGAGGCGAGGACGGUGAUGAAAACGGCGAGCCAGAAUCUAUGGAUGAGGACUAAAGAUGGUUCAUGAAGCUGACGGCUUUGGUGUCUCGGGGGUAGAUGGCCCAUCUGGUCGACCGGUCUUAGGAAUGCUGGCUAUAGGGGCGAUUUAUUUAUAUAACUGAGUUGAAACUAGAAGGCUUGGGUGGCUUCGCAAACUUCGACAGCCACCUUUCUCAAUACUACAUGAUAUGUAGUUGCGUACGUAGCUGAUAGGCAUACAAAGAUACUGGAGGUUUGAAUUGCUUA